AUGUCCACAAAAAUGCUGUGUGCUCCGGCACGCACCCGAUUCUUACAAUCGUUUGCUCUAUCCCCGCCGCAACCUCUCUUCCGCCGCCUCAACUCUCUGGUCCACCGCCGGAGCUACUGCAAACCGAUCACGAUGUCCGCACAAGAGCAGAUCGUCGAACAUGUGGUCCUCUUCAAAGUGAAACCAGAUGUUGAAUCUAGUGAAGUGGCGGCUAUGGUUAAUGGACUCAACGGUCUGAGCUCACUCGAUCUCACCGUCCACAUCACUGCUGGAAAACUUCUCCGGUCUCGGUCGUCGUCGCUCACCUUCACUCACAUGCUUCACAGUCGUUACAGGUCAAAGGACGAUCUGCGGGACUAUGGCGUUCAUCCUCAGCACGUGAAAGUGGUCACGGAGAAUGUAAAACCGAUCGUUGAUGAUCUCAUGGCCGUUGAUUGGAUAUCUAACGACGCUAGUGUCUCGCCGAAGCCAGGGUCGGCAAUGAGAGUUUCAUUUUUGAAGUUAAAGGAGAAUUUGGGGGAAAAUGAGAAAGCUAGGGUUUUGGAAGUGAUUGGAGGAAUUAAAAAUCAGUUUCAAGCGAUUGAACAGCUAAGUUUUGGUGAGAAUUUCUCUCAUGAUAGGGCGAAGGGGUAUACGAUCGCUUCAAUUGCUGUAUUGCCUGGGCCGGCCGAUUUGGAGGCGUUGGAUUCAAAUGCGGAGCUGGUGAACUUGCAGAAAGAGAAAGUGAAGGAUUCAAUAGAGAGCGUGGUGGUUGUUGAUUACGUGAUUCCUCCUCCGCAGGCGGCUAACCUCUAAUCGAUGUUUCUCCAGGUUCUUUAGUUUUUUUUCAGUUACAUGUUGCAUUAUGCUUAAUCCUUCGUUGAAUAAUCCUUAUAUUAUGAAAUGCUCUUGCGGUAGACCAUCAAUGUAUUAUUCUGGGACUGCAAUUCGCUUGUGAAGAUGAAGACGAGUGAUUUUAAUCUUAAUUAUGCCUAUUGCAUUGC